AUGGUAAAGAAAGCCAAGGCUAAUAAACGCCGUUCAAAGAAUAAAAAUGGAUCUGUGAAAGAGGAUGCAGAAGAAAGGAAGAAGAGGCUUUCCAGUUUGUUACAACAAGUGUCAUCAGAGAAUGGCAACACCUCGCAACAGGUAAUUAAUGAACCUUUAGUUAUCAAGGAUGAAAGUCUCAAUAAAGUGUUACAAAGAUUUAAAGCUUCGGCUACAGGGGCCGAUGAGGAUGAUGAUUCAAAACGGGAACAAGCCAUAGUACGAAAAGAACGGGCUGAUAUUGACGAUGAGGAUGCUGAGGGUUCCGACAGUUUUGAGGAUCAAGCGGAUGAAGUACUUCAAAAUAUAUCAGAAAGACAAAAGAGACUUGCUAACAAACCAAGUAUUGCUGUUUUGAAAGCUUCAGUACCAUAUCCGGAACUCAUCGAAUGGUUUGACUGCGAUGCGCAAUGGCCUUAUUUCAAUGCAGCUAUAAAGACAACACAUAAUACAGUGGGGAUCCCCAGACAUUGGCAAAUGAAAAGAGGUUAUUUAUCUGGACGAUCAAUGAUGGAAAGGAAGCCAUUUCAAUUACCUGAGAUUAUUAGACAAACCGAUAUUGAAACGAUGCGAGAGACUGUUCCCUCUGGAAACGAAAAGCAAGCAGAGAAAUUGAAGGAUAUUACCAGAGCAAAAGUUCAACCCAAGCUAGGUGUAUUAGAUCUAGAUUAUAAAAGGUUGUACGAAGCAUUUUUCACUUUGGGAAAGAAUUGGAAACCUGAACUAUUGUCAUUUGGUGAUUUAUAUUAUGAAAACAGAAGUUUGGAUAGUGAACUCGAAUGGAAACAAAUAAAGACACGAUAUAGACCAGGGUAUCUAUCGGAAACUUUAAGGGAGGCAUUAAAUCUCACGGAGGGGAUGCUCCCGCCUUGGUGUCAUGAAAUGAAUAGAUUAGGACUACCCAAAUCAUACCCUGGUAUGAAAGUCUGUGGAAUAAAUUGGGAAAUCUCUAAUCUUACCGGUACACAAUACGGAUACUACCCUGAAGAUACUUUGAGAAUACCCAAACAAAACUUAUUCGGAGCCAUGUUCUCAUUUGAAGAAUUAGAAGAUCAAGACGCACAUAUUGAUCCAGAUCCGUUGAACGAAUCAAUUUCCGACGAUGAGGUGUCUUCAGACGCCAAUGAAGCGGAAGCAACAAAAACAGAAAGCGAGACACAUGAAAACAAUAAUUCAGGCUUAGUGCCAAUUGAUGGAGGCUCUGUAGUCAACCAGCACUAUGAUGAAAAUAGACCCUUAUUUACUGUUCUAACGGAAGCUAAAUCAAACGAAGUCGACGGAUCUACAAUAAUCAGUUCCACUACCUCUUACAAUAUUACGAACAAACGAUCAACAAGCGUAGAGGAGAAGGACGAUGAUAAUGUCUUACAUAAAAAACAGAAAGUGGAAGAAGAGCCUGACUUCCGUUUUUGA